AUGGCGGAGGAAUACGAUGAAAUGCAACAUGGAGAGGGUGACGAGGGCGAUGAGAGCGGUAUGACCGGUCCUGGCGCCCCAACUCCUCUCUCAGCUCUCGAGGGAGUUGCUGGUCUUACCAAGCGUGACAUUCAACUAGUCACAGAUGGAGGUUACCAGACAGUAGAGUCUGUUGCCUACACACCCAGGCGGAUGCUGGAGCAGAUCAAAGGUAUUUCUGAGCAGAAGGCUGCCAAGAUUUUAGCUGAAGCCUCGAAGCUCGUGCCGAUGGGCUUCACCACAGCCACCGAGAUGCACCAGAGGAGAAGUGAGCUGAUCUCCAUUACAACUGGCUCCAAGAACCUGGACACUCUUUUGGCCGGUGGUAUCGAGACCGGCUCAGUUACUGAGCUGUUCGGCGAAUUCAGGACAGGAAAGAGUCAGCUGUGCCAUACCCUCGCAGUGACCUGCCAAUUGCCUUUUGACAUGGGCGGUGGUGAAGGCAAAUGUCUCUACAUCGAUACCGAGGGCACAUUUAGACCGGUCCGUCUUCUUGCCGUUGCCAAUCGCUACGGUCUGUCUGGAGAGGAGGUCUUGGACAACGUUGCCUAUGCUCGGGCAUACAACUCCGACCACCAGCUGCAACUGCUCAAUCAGGCAUCACAGAUGAUGUGCGAAACGAGGUUCUCGCUAUUGAUCGUCGACAGUGCAACUGCACUCUACCGAACGGAUUUCCUGGGUCGAGGCGAGCUAUCAUCACGACAGACACAUCUUGCCAAGUUCAUGCGUACACUACAGAGACUCGCAGAUGAGUUUGGUAUUGCAGUCGUUAUCACCAACCAGGUUGUAGCCCAAGUCGAUGGUGGACCUAGCUCCAUGUUCAACCCGGACCCCAAGAAGCCUAUUGGUGGCAACAUCAUUGCCCAUGCCAGCACAACCAGAAUCAGUUUCAAGAAGGGUAGAGGAGAGACUCGUAUUGCGAAGAUCUACGAUAGUCCUUGUUUGCCUGAGAGUGAUUGUCUCUUUGCCAUCAACGAGGACGGUAUUGGCGACCCGUCGCCAAAGGAUAUGGAGAAGAUGGACAGGUAG